GGCCGUAGUCCACCGCCGACGAUAACGUGUCUAUGGUAUCUGCGCAGAGUUUGAACAAUAGCAUUUCCGUGUCGGUCACGCAGUUGUAUCGCGCAUCGUUAGCACUACCGCACCACCGUUACGGCUGGUAGCGCGACUUCAAGAAGACGAUAAAAACGACGUCAAAACAAACAGACGGAGGGAAAAAUAAAACCAGCAGACUAACGACGAAAAUAACAACCGCUGACGAACGGCAAUAGCCGAUCGGCUCCCGCGGCGUUAAGAUUUCGAUAUUUCGUCGGCCGGCUUACGGUAUUCGUUGUCUAUCGCCCCUUUCGAUCUCGCGACAUCCGAGCAAUGAGCGGCGGACAGUGCGAUCUCGACGAUCUGGACAUCACCGCACAGGAGUUGGACAGCAUCGGCGAGGCGCUGAAGGACCAACAGUUCCGGAAGCUACUGUGCGAGUACGUUGACGAGAUCAACGACCCGGUAAACAGGGCGCAGCAGGAACGCGAGAUCGAGCAGUACGAGAGGGAACGCGGCACGCGGGUCACAUUCGUCCGGCCGCAGCCCGGUUACGUGCUGAAGACCAGUGCGGACGGUUCGCGCAAGGUGUUCGUCAACGUGUGCUCAUGCGACGUGCUGGACCGGCCGGUCGUCAGCCGGACCGGCGGUGGCCAUCACUGGUCGCUGCCGCACUGUCUGUCCCCGGUACGCCAGGACUACGACCGCUCGCGUAAACCAUGCGAUGUGUACGACGUGGUCUUCCAUCCGGACGUGCUGGAUAUGGUCGGUCGCGGCCAGCGCCUUAAGGACAUGGUCGAGGAUACCGCUCUCAGCAUGAUCGAGAAGAACAACAACGUAGUGUUGGACAGGGCUAACGUCAAGUAUCCGAAGAUGUUUUUCAAAGGCGUUACCAGGUCGAUGGUGAUACGCACCAAAAUCGACGGCUUCCAGCAGCCGGCCGAUAAUUCCCAGGGCACCACUGAACUACCCGGUUGCCCUUACAAGCCGCCUGAAGAACGACCCAUUCAACACCAUGACCUGGGCGCGUUGAAACAGAAAUCAUUGUUCACCGUUCCCAAAUUCACUAUUAAAUAUCGUUCGGACAUUGAUAUUCAAGAACACGGCUAUAAUAUGCAUUGUAAAAUGAACGCUGUCAUACCCAAAGAGUUGAUUAUUGAAAUUCAACUGCCACUCUUGGACUCUUCGGUCAACAUAGAGUUAGAUGUGCUUCCAAAGUCUUUGAAGCUAGUCUGUAAUAAGCCAUCAAAGUAUAAAUUGGAUAUAAAUUUGCCGUACACUGUAUCGGAAGAAAAAGGUAAUGCUAAGUUUGAUAAAAGUACUAAAACAAUGAUAGUUAGUCUUCCGGUUGUUAGGAAAGAACCACUGUUUGAAUAUCCAAAUAACCUUGUGAGCGAGGUAGAAAUGUCAAAAGAGGAAUGUCGUGAAAAUGUAAGUGAUAUCAAUAUUGUUAAUGGUCACUUAGAUUCGGUUGCAUGCAAUGACCAAAACAAUGUAAACAAUCAAGAAAGUAUCAGUACUAAUGGUCAUCAUAACGGCAAUGAAAUUAAUCAUAAAAGCAUUACUGAGUGCAAUAGUAACAAUAAUUAUAUCAUUCCGAAUGAUGUACACUAUAUGCUGCCAGAGCAUGAAUUUACUUUUGAAAAUAAAUAUGUACUUACGCUCAAUGUGAAAAAUGUUGAUCCAACGUCAAUUAAUGUGAUAGUUAUUAAUGACAAACAAUUGAUCUCAGGCAAAUUCCAUUCCAUUGGUUCAGGAUUUUUUCCCAUAUGGUUUGCUUUUUGCUUACAAAUUCCAUCCAAAUCGAGCUUAUUUAAGUCUGAUGUUAAAGUAUUACCUUCUGAUAAAAAUAUAAUCCUUGAGUUUGCAACAAAUUUUAAACCCGAAGGUAAAGAAUAUUGGUAUGGUCUUGAUCAAGAUAACUUGACAGUUCAGUACAUCCAUAUGGAAAAAUGUAAAGAAAAUUCCAAUGCUCUGGCUAAUGGUAUUUCUAUUGCUCUUAAUGAUAGUGAUGAUGAUGAUGAUGAUGAUGAUGUAUUUGAUGAUAAUAAAGAAGACGUUAACACUAAAUGUCUAAGACAACAAAAUAAUAAAAAAAAUGAUGGUAGUCUGUUAAAAGAUAAAAAUAAUAAAGUAACAACGAAAGGAAAAAAGAAAAAAGGGAAGAAGAUUCAGAAAUCCAACGCCAUACCAAUAGCCGACAGUUUACCAGAAUCUGUAAAAAAAAUGGAUUUCAUACCCGGCUCAUUGCCAGUAGAAUUUAAUAAUGAAAGACCUACAAUUCGUGGAAUCUUGAAAAAAAGAGCUUUGUCUGAAUGCAGUGUCAUGGAUGAUGUUUUAUUAUCCCCGCCUCAGACAUACAGUUCAUCAUUAGACAAUGUGGACACUGAUAGUUCUAAUAUACUGGGAUCAAGUUAUGAUUUAAAUCAUAAAAAGACAGUUCGCUUUAACGAUCACGUUAUCGAAAAGAAGAUCAAUUUUAAUAUCAGCAUAGCAGCACAAGCAAAAAAACAUAGGCAACGUCAACAGCGUAAGCGUAAUAUAAGAGAGCAUAAUACUCCUAGUGAAAGCGAAGCGUCUGAAGCUGAAGACAGAUCUUAUGGACCAUUAAACAUGGUUUCAGAAAGUGAAGAGACCAGUGUAUCAGAGAGUAGUACAGGUGAAAUGUCUGAUGACAAUAGUAAUGGUCCUACAACAUUAUCGUCAAAAGUGACGGUUGUGUCAGAUUCUAAGAAAGAUCAUAAACGACGCAAGAGCAAAUCGGCUAGAAAGAACGCUUCACUUGCCAAACAGGCAUCAACCAACAAUUUAAUUUUUCCUAUUGAAUAUUAAACUUAAUAUAAACAUCAGACUUUUUUAUUACCUGAUACAAUCAUACUUGAAACUUUUAUUUAUUAAAUUAUAUUAUAAAAAUGUUAUUAAAAUAUUAUUGGGUGCAUUGGUAUUUAUU